ACAAAGCAUUGUUGCGACCCUCGCAAGACCAACGUUUCAUGAAUUUUUUACAACAAACGUGUAACGAGAAUAAUGUUCAAUAUGAGGAUGUGAAGAGAUGUUUAGGUGGUCUCUACCAUCAAGCGUCGAAAAGUUUCCAUGGCCACGGAUCAGUUAUGUUGAAUGUUCAGUCGUGGUCACCAAAUGAAGUUCUGUCAAUAGGCGUAAUCUUUGAAUAUUAUAAAAUUCCUUGGAGUUACUUUAACAAAGAAG